CCACACGCCGCUCGGCCGAGACAGAUGAGGUGUCAGUAUGUCAGGAAAUGAUGACUGAAUUCAGAAACGUUAUCUCCUGUAAAAAGAACUCUCGUUUGCGGCGCCGACGGCCCCUCUCGUCCCAGGGCAUCCUCCGGCACCCAGCCCGUCUCCCUUUAGCAGCUCCCCGUCAAAUGCGGCUCGUGAGGGAGAUGCGUCUCAGCAACGGCAAACUCUACAGUGGGACGGGGCCGUUAACCGGCGCCGCUGCAGGACCGGGACCUGGCGGGGGCACUGCGGAAAUGGGCCCAGGCCCUCAGCGACUGCUGGAGGACCCUCUCAGUGCCAGCGUCCCCAGUAGCGCACCCGCUCUGGUCCCCACGGCGGCGCCCCGUGGCUGUACACAUGUGCGGGUGUGCCAGGAGUGCCGGCGGAUCCAGAGCCUUCGCUCCACAUCAUCAUGCUCACGCAGCUCGCCGCUGGCCUCCGCCACGUCCUCUCUCCCGCAUUUGCCGCCACCGCCCCCCUCCGCCUCCAAUACAAACACUGACAACGAAGGAGGAUGCUCGGGCAGCCCACGCAGGGCCAAACCCACGCCCCCUCCAAGGCCGCUGCCGCCCAGUAAAACUCCCUCUACUGAUCUCCUCUGCAAGCAGGACUGAGACUGAGAUUAAGGAAACUAUUGUCGGGACAAGAAUUUAAUGUAAAUGAGUGCUGGAGGACAGACGGAAAGAGACUGUCCACGCCUCCAGUCAAAGUGACCUCUGGGGUACUGCAAAUAAAGGCCAUUUUUGGAUGCAAAAUUACAUUAAUUGACACUGAGUGAGAGAAAGAUGAUUCAGCCAACCGCUUGCUGUCCAAGUGUCCGGUUUGAACACCACGUCUUGCAGCGGUGCUCAGAAAGCCAGUGAGGUUUGGCAUGCUGUUGAGACUAUGUAAUGCAUAUCCCGUGAACGUAUGCUAUGCAACAUGUCAUAAAGGAAAAAGCGGAGGACAACUAUGAGGACAGCUGUUAGUUUUGCAUAGAAGUGCGGAUCUACGCUCCUGUGGACGAUGGAGUCUGUACCUAAAAUGUGCGCACGUCUAACUGAAAUGA